UUUUUUCGUCCGGUUAGUCUUUUGAUUCCAUUUUACAAAGUAAACCGACAAUAACGCUAACAAAAGUAUAAUCUAUUUCUCAGAAAGUGAUAAAAAAAAAAAGUUUACUGCGAAGUCGUAGUCAAAAGAUUAGAUUCAAAUUCAACUAAAAAUAAAUAUCUUGAUAAAGUGCAGAUAGAGAAACUAUCUUUUGGAUGAUAGAGAAUCUAUCUUUUGGAUCCUCUCCUCUAUUUCUAGCCCUUCACUUGGAUCUCCCUUGGAUAAGUCCAUUAAUAUACCUACCACGUGUAUCAGCGUAUGUAUAAUGUGUACAAUCUUGUCACAAAAAAAAUAUCUUUUUUUUUUUGACUGAACACAAAAAAUAUCUUCAUGCAUGUUUUGUUCCUUUUCGUUAUAAAACCAUCAUAAUUCUCUUCCAAAGUUCUUGGAUUUGUCCCCUAAUCAAUUGGAGAUAUACGAAGAAGAAGAAGAAGACGGAUCUUCAAAACAGAAGACAAAAAUGUGUACUACUCAUCAUGAUGAUCAACCACAACAACAAAACCUCCCUUGUCUCCACUGCGACCCACACUCAUACAUUCACAUGGUUCAACAUAUGAUAGAGAGGUGUAUCAUACUCCGUAUGAGUCGUGACGAAUGCGUCCAGGCGUUAGAUCACCACGCAACCAUUCCACCACUCGUUACGCUCACCGUUUGGAGAGGACUUGAGAGGGAAAAUAAGGAUUUCUUUGAAACGUAUGAGCAUUCCUUCUCUCCUGAGCCAUUCUCAAGUAAGAUUUUCUGGGAUCAUCAAUGUGUGUGUGUGUAUUUCAAUUGUGAAUACAUUUCAAUUCAAUGUCUCAGCCAACAUAUCGACCAAAAUCUCAAGUCGAAAUGUUGUUUGUAAUUUUUUUUUUUUUUUGCUUUCUUAUUUGUUUUUGGAAUCAAACAUUAUCAGGCGGAUGUGUUCGGAGAUCGCCGAGGUUGGCUAGAAGGGUAAAACAAUGAAGACUUUAAUGUAGCCUUCUAGAUAUAUACAUCAUACAUAUGAGAAAAAAAAAUUCAAAUUUAUAUAUAUGUAGCCGGUAGACAUAGGCUAUCAUUACAUAUUGCUAACGAUGAAACAUGAUCAUGCUAUCAUAUGUAGACCUAUUUUUUUUAACGUUAAAGCGUUUCUCUAA